AUGGCUCUUCUCGCGCCGGAGAAGGUCACGGGUAUCAUUCCGCUAGGCACGUCGAUGGAUUACGAGUGGGAGCGCACCCGUUCGCUGGGCUGCUGGAACGGGCCCGCAGAUCUGACACCAAGUAUUGAUGCAUGGACUACCACUAAAGAGACCCCAGAAUUUGAGCCUGGUGAGGAGUACAGCGACUUCCUGAUCGAUAGUGGCUUUGGAAAAGAAUGUGAGGCUGAGACUCGCAAGUUCUGGAACAAUGAGAUCAGAGUCAACUAUCAAGGAGAUAACGGCCGUCGUACGAUAAGGAUGGCGGCUAUCAACCUGCGAGAGCGAGACGGUUUACUUGGCUGGUUGGUGUAUUUCAAGUGUCCUGUCCUCUGGCUUCACGGCACCGCGAAUCCGGUGUACAGCGUCUCGAACGCGGACCCAGAUGCGCAACUCAAAGUGGUUGAAGGUGGACAGCACUUCCUUAGCUUUAGCCAUCCUAAAGAGGUAGACAGCGCUUUGAUCGAAUUCCUUGGCAAGUAUGGUAAGUAG